UUAAAGUAUUUAAGAGGUCAUGGUUUCACUUACUCACUAACAGCAAAUUCUGACAUUAUAGCACCUCAGAGGAGGGAAAGAAGGCAGUCUUAUAACUGAGAUGGAUCUGCAUGAGGGAAAAUGGAAAUUAUUUGCUGUCAGUGUGCUGCUGCUCACACUGUACCCAAGCCAUUCUGCUGCAGUCAGUAUGAAGGAGCAUCUGGCUGAUUGUCUGGAGGACAAAGACUACAAUGUGCUGCUGCAGACUGUGCAGACCGGCCUCCCACACAUAAAUACAUCUCACCAUGUUGUUAUUGUUGGAGCUGGUGUGGCUGGACUGACGGCUGCCAAGUUACUGCAAGAUGCAGGUCACAAGGUAACCAUAUUAGAGGCUAGUGGCCGUGUUGGAGGACGGGUGGAGACCUACAGGAAUGAAAAAGAAGGCUGGUAUGCUGAACUGGGAGCCAUGAGGAUCCCAAGUUAUCACCGCAUUGUCCGCUGGUUUGCUGAUGAGCUGGGAGUCAAGCUGAAUGAAUUCAUCAUGGAUGACCCCAACACCUUUUAUCUGGUUAAUGGUUUGCGGAAGAGGACGUACACAGUGAAAACAAACCCUGACGUCCUGAAAUACCAGGUGCGGAGAAAUGAGAAAGGGAAGUCAGCUGACGAGUUGCUACAGCAAGCUUUAAAGAAGGUGAAAGAUGAAGUGGAGGCUCAUGGCUGCUGGGCUGCGCUGCAAAAAUAUGACCGUUAUUCUGUGAAGGAGUAUCUGAAAGAAGAAGGAGGUCUGAGUCCAGAGGCAGUGAGGAUGAUUGGAGACCUGCUGAACGAACAGAGCCUAAUGUACACAGCGCUGAGUGAGAUGAUCUAUGACCAGACUGACAUCAGUGACAGCGUGAUGUACUAUGAAGUGACCGGUGGGUCAGACCUCCUAACCAAAGCUUUUCUCACUGUCCUUGAUGUCCCCAUCCUCCUCAACUCAAAGGUCAAACGCAUCAGCCAGUCAGAUACGGGUGUAAUUGUAUCGUACCAGAAAGGUCACCAGUCCUCUUUGAAGGACCUUUCUGCUGAUGUCGUUCUUGUAACAACCACGGCCAAAGCAGCCCUUUUCAUGAACUUUGAUCCACCUCUAUCCAUCAGAAAGAUGGAAGCCCUGAGGGCGGUACACUACGACAGCUCUACUAAAAUCAUCCUCACCUUCACCAAGAAGUUCUGGGAGACAGACUGCAUCCAAGGAGGAAAGAGCAUUACAGACGGUCCCUCUCGUUACAUCUAUUACCCCAGCCACAGUUUCCCAACAAAUGACACCAUCGGGGUCCUCCUGGCCUCCUACACCUGGUCGGAUGACUCCCUCCUCUUCCAAGGAGCGAGCGACGAAGACCUGAAAGAGCUUGCUUUGAGAGAUUUGACAAAGAUCCACGGCGAGUAUAUCAGGUCUCUCUGCACAGGGGUGGUGGUAAAGAGGUGGAGUGUGGAUCCUUACAGCUUGGGUGCCUUUGCUCUCUUCACACCCUACCAACAUUUAGAGUACGCUAAGGAGCUCUUCAAAAGUGAAGGCAGGGUGCACUUUGCUGGUGAACACACAGCCUUCCCUCACGCUUGGAUUGAGACAUCUAUGAAGUCUGCAAUCAGGGCUGCUACCAAGAUUAACAAAGUGGUGCUCAAAGACUCGGCUAAGUGUCCAGCACGAGAUGAACUCUAGAGUCUGAAGAACUGAGUCCAAGCAACUGAGUGUUAUAGUGUUAAUAUCAAAUUGUGUAGUAUAUCUAUCUAAUCACACAGAAUGUAUAAUAUAUUGAAAUGCCACUUUCUUAAAAUAUUAAUUAGUACUUGUUUCAUAAUGACUUAA